UCGGAAAGCAAACCAGUCGACCUGCUGUGAUGCGCUUUCCGAGCUCGCGUCUUCGUCGUUAAAGCAACGUUGUUGUGGUUAUCGCAUCUCUGAGAGUGCCGACCGCGCAUAACACUAGUGUUGUACUGCCAAACUCUACGUUUGAUUUUUUUUGCCAUGUAAACCCUGCACCAGCCAUCGUGUAAAUUGACAUGGAAGUGCAUCGUACCUGUUGAACAAGGAUUGCAAUGUCAAAUAUUUAUUCACCUGAAAAAUCGCCUUCCUAUCGUGGUUUUCGGGUAGAAUGGAACAGCCAAGCACACAGCAGCAAGAGUUUGCACCUGUCGGAGGAGGAGCAGGAGCAGAAACUGUAUCGGUCAGCGAGGCCAGCGACGCGGCUGCGCCGGCACAGGCAGAAGCAGCUUUCCCCACUGAGACGACGACCUCGUGUACCAGCCCGAGUGCCGAGCAGCCACCGCAGUCCGUGUACCACAUCAAGUGGGUGCGGUGGAACAAUCAGAAGACGCCCAUUGUCACACAGAACGAGAAUGGGCCCUGUCCCUUGAUUGCCAUCAUCAACGUCCUCACCCUGAAGGGUCUUGUCAAGCUUCCACAAACACUCGAUAUUGUGACCGUUGAACAGCUCAUGGAGCAUCUGGGGGACUGCAUACUGUCCUCUAUACCGAAGGACAUUCCAGAAAGUGCGCAGCUUAAUUAUGAGCAAAACAUGCACGAUGCCAUUGCCAUCCUGCCGAAGCUGCAAACGGGGUUGGACGUAAACGUUCGAUUCACAGGUGUAAAGGAUUUCGAGUACACGCCCGAGUGCAUCGUGUUCGAUCUGCUGCGAAUUCCUCUGUACCACGGUUGGCUCCUCGACCCCGAGUCGCCAGAGAUCCUUGCAGCGGUCGGCAGCUGCAGCUACAACCAACUCGUGGAAAAGAUAAUCAACAACAAGUCUUCUACAAAGCCAGAAAUGGUCACUGAAGCACUGUUAGCUGAAGCUUUCCUGGAGCGAACAGCAUCACAGCUGACCUACCACGGCCUGUGCGAGUUGAACUCCACGCUAACGGAAGACGAACUGUGUGUCCUCUUUCGGAAUAACCACUUUAUCACCUUGUAUAAACGAAAGGACCGUCUGUAUCAGCUGGUAACGGAUCAGGGCUUCCUGAAUGAGCCAGAUGUAGUCUGGGAGUCAUUGAUCAACGUCGAGGGCGACGGCCAGUUUGCAGAUUCCGACUUCAUCGUGAACCCGCCCAAGCCUCGGUGCCUCACCACCGAGCAGCAAAUCGAUCGGGAUUACCUGGUUGCCUUAAGCUUGCACCACGAGCAAGUGCACCAUGAGCGAACGAAAAACGACGCUUUGCAGUCCUUCGUCCAACCUGUUGAGCCGCUCGACCACAACGCCAUCCGCGCAGACGAGGAACUCGCGAAGCAGCUUCAGGAGGAAGAGCACCACAGGGCACUGUCACGUCCCCCCACGCGCAACGCAUCAGGUUCAGCGCAGGACGCUGUCGAAUCAACGGGGCGGCAAAGGCAAAGCAACAGUAGCCCACCGUCCAAGAAAGACUGUUCAAUCCUGUAGGUGGGCCUCCUCACUAUGAUGCAAAUCAUGCCAGAAUGCAAACACACCUUCCUCCUCCUGGUGCCGCUGUUGCCAUUUACUACGCACUGUACAUAGGACAAGCAGGGACACCUGUUGUCUUCUCCGCAAUCGAGAUUGCUACGCUUGGAAAACCAGGCCAACAUGGUGGAUGUUGUACUGGGCAGACAGGCCAAGGGCUCCCAGCUUUACUAUAGACUAGGAGUGGGAAGGGGGACAAAACUACCUCUUCCGUGUUGACAGCUUGCAAUCGUCGAGAACACAGCAAAGACCAGUUAGCCAGGACAAUACGCGGUCGCCGCAGUGCCGUGCCGGUGGUCUUAUUAACCUCGAAUUAUAGAAGUACGAUAAUAUAUGGCGCCCUACAUAUAUAUGUGUAUAAAUUAACACGUGGGUUAGCAAAGAGGUGUCUGGGGGCAAAAUGCAGCUCUCUGCGUGGUAAGCAGAGUGGUUACCCGUUUUGUUUCUUUGUAUCACGUUGAUGUUAUUAUUAAAGCCCAUGAUUGAUGCGCAA